AUGAGUUCUUCCAUCAGCCGAACAACUAUGGGUCUCAACAGCAACCAACAGAGGCAGUAUCAGUCCCUUUGCAUUGUGCUCCAAGCCGUCAACGAGACUUGCAAACACAGGAGCGACAUGAGAUACUCCUCUGGAAGUCGUUGCAGUGAUUACCACCUUACAGAUUACGAGAAGUACACUUGCAAGAUGGCUCAAUCCCUCGACAUUGAGAAGGGGGGCAGCAGUGCCACAGCGCUUAUUGUUCUUAAAGGGCUCCGUGGACCAGAAUAUGUUUUUGCCCAAAACUCAAGGAAGACAUCUGAGCUGGAGAGGGCCAAAGCGUUUCUUUCUAAUCUCAUUGAGUACGUGGGUGUCAACCCUGAUCGAUUGGCUACCAGACCACUACAAAAGCAAGUCUUUACUCGUAUCCUCGAGUUCAACUUUCUCAGAUUCGAGAUAUACCUGGACACUUUUACCACCGCCCUGGAAGCCUGCAUUCAUAUCUGUGAGCGAUCACAGGACCCUGGCAGGCUGGACGACAUCGCACAAUUGCAAACUCUCAAAGACAGGUCCCAAUUUCCUCGCAACAUGGCUUCGUCUGAUGAUGCCAAAAAGAAAUUUUUCCGUGACUGCGAAGAUCUUAUCAAAGCCAUACACAACAGCCAGAAUAAUGGAAUCAAUAAUGUCUUUGAUAAACACAUUGAUAAUUCCGAACCAGAGGUUUCUUAUCAAUGGCAUCAACUACGACAUCAUCUUGGCCGCUUACAUUCUCUUCGCCAAGCUUCUGAGUCUAUAGUCAAUGCUUCCAUAAGAUGGCCCGAGCUAUUCAAAGAUUUCACGGUCAACUACAUUCCCUCAUCUGCUCUUCGAAGGUUUAUUCAUCCGCUAGGAGUAUACCCUUCGUCGAAGGAUGUUAUUGAGGCUGCAUUCCCAGAAUAUGACUUAUCGUUUUAUGAAAGCGACAUUGAGGAACUUCGCCACCACGGUUUGGAUGACCAAAUCAGGAAGCAAGGACAGGAGUUUCCGUCCAAAACUCAAAUUCACUGUGAGGUUAAUUUGCAUAACCAUCUUCUGAAGAGUGGCAAAACACGACCAUGCGACUUCUGGAAUGAUGUCAUGUUUAUAGCUACUAGCAAGCUUCCUUGUAGGCUUUGCUAUUACUAUUUCCAGGACGGCAACAACGACUUUCAUGUACAGCCAUCGCACAUGAACCUUUACCCUAAGUGGAGACUCCCUGACGCUGCGGAUCCCAACGAUCAAGCAAGCGUUCAACACCGUGAGGAACUGAUGGAGGAUAUCCUUGACCACAUGCAGGAAGGCAUACUGAAGGUUUUGCAAGAGAAGUUUCCUCAGUGGAAAAGGAAUGAUUCUCGCACGGACUCACGAAACUGGCCUAACGUUCGAGAAGGUGCGGAUAGUAGAACUCCAACUACCGGGGUUUAUUUCUCGCCCUCAGUCGUGGAUGACGAUUCCUUUGUUGAUAUGGGGAACAGUGAUGUUGGUGUUGCUUUUUCUGGAUAG